AUGGCACUUGGUCCGUGUAUCAAAGGUUUUCUAAACUGCAUCUGCUCAGUGAUCGUUGUUGAUAGGACCCAUUUGCAUGAGAAAUACAAAGGUAUAUUGUUAAUAGCAACAUGCAUCGAUGGAAAUAACAACAUAUAUCCUAUCAUCUUUAGUAUCGUAGAUGGUGAGAACAAUGCAUCAUGGACUUGGUUCAUGACUCGUUUGAAGGCUUCGAUGGGAGACGUUCUCAAUUUAGUGAUUAUAUUAGAUCGUCACAUCUCAACCGCAAAGGCUGCUGCAAGUAUAUUCCCUGAUGCAUUUCAUGCCCUGUGUAUAUACCAUAAUCAGAACAAUUUGAUUGACAAAUUCAAUAAUAAAAACAUAAUCCCACACUUCUACCUAGCGGUGAAAGCUUAUAGAAUGUCUGACUUUCAUAUGUAUUGGGCUAAGCUCCAUCUAUAUCCUGGUGUGACGACCUACCUCGAGGAGGUUGAAUUACAACGGUGGGCAAGGGUUUAUCAAGUCCAUCGUAGAUAUGACAAGAUGAUGACAAAUAUAGUAGGAUGCCUCAAUGGAGUGUUGAAAGAUGCUCGAGAACUAUCAAUCACAAAGCUAUUAGAGCAUAUUCGCGAGUGGUUACAAGGUUGGUCCUAUAUCCGAUGUACACAUGCAAUGGCAUGCACAAACAUCGUAAUUGAUUACGCAAUGAGUAUUCUUAAGGAAUUAGAAUUGAUAUAUUGA